UGGUGCGAUCAGCAACACCCUGUAAACGACGAUAAAUUGCACCUCUGGUCAACGGAGAAUUAGAUGGCUGAUUAUACGACUGGCCAGAAGGAGCUCGUCGGGUUACCGUCGUCUGAUGAUGAAACUCCGUAUGAGUCUUCCCCAUCGCCCAUUGACGACAGGCUCUCUGCUUUCCUUGAAACGUUUACAACACAACUUCAUUACUCGCAACCUGUAUCUAAGCGUGGACUGUUUGUUUUUUGGAGCCAAAACUUAUCAUCUCAAAGUAAUCGAUAUUCCGAUAAUCGUGGAUUGGUUCUUGAUAUUACUGAUCCUUGGGAGAUUCAAACAGCGAUAAAAUCUGCAUUUUGUAAAGUUGAAUUGUGUUCUUUUGAUGGGUUAAUUCAGUUUUGGGCACCCGUGGAAUCAAGCAGUAGACGCCUGCUUACAACUUACGAUCAACCUUUUGCCCUAAAAUACCUUGACUCUGGGCUCCAGAAAUAUAGGUUAUUUUCUCUUAAGUAUCAGUAUAAUAUCGAUGCCAAUAAGCUUGAAGUUGGAGAUGACACUACGAUUAUUAGUGGUGCACCUGCAAAUUCAUUCGUAAAUCAUUUGGCAGAGGUAGUUCUGGAUAUGCGAGUUUACCAUGGGAAUCCAUUGAUGCGUUCUGCUUUGGAAUGUGAAUUGAUGUCUUGUUUUCUUCUGCCUAUUUGUGAUCCUUCUCAAAGCCGGUGUGUUGGUGUUGUUGAGUGUUCUGCCAAUAAGCUUGAUGAUCUUCUUGAAAUUUUCAACCACAUGAACACUGCACUACAGAAAGUGGGUCUAUCUACAUUUCAUGGACAAGAACGUAUGCUAUACAAGAGUAUAGUGGGUCUGAAACACGUGACUGAUGAAAUCGAGGAGGCAUUACAGAGAGUAUGUGAAUCACACGACUUGACUCUUGCUCAAGUGUGUAUCGCUUAUGAGGAUACACAUAUGAAACGAAUAAUACCACUCAAAUUGAUAGCUCAUUGUGAUAAUUCAGAUGAUGAAGAUCGUUUGUCGUUUAAGGAUUAUUAUGCUAUCUGUGAUAUGCUUCCUUUGCAAAUAGGGGAAGGACUUGUUGGGAAGGCACUUCAAAAUUACGAACCACACUUGUGUAGAAAUAUCUAUGAGAUGAGUAAUUAUGAGUUGUCGCUGUUAUUUCCUAUUACCAUUAAAGAACAUAGUUGCUUUGUUAUAUGUUUGAGGAGCAUUGAGACUGGUAAUAUUGAUUAUGUUUUUGAAUUUUUAUGGCUCCAAAGUCGAAACCAUAUGAUCUUGUUGGAGUCGAUCAUAUUAACACUAAAGAGGUGUUUGCCAAAUUUCAAAUUUUCUUCUGGUUUACAACUUGGUGAUGAAUUACUUGUUGUAGAUAUCAAGUUUAAUUCUGGUGUAGAAUUAAGUGUUCAAGAUUUCACAUUUGCUUUUGGUGCUGAACUUGGUGAUGUAACUUCUUCUAAAAGUGAAAUUGAAUAUUUCAAGAUUUUUGAAGGAAAGAAAUCAUCACCAAUACCCACAUUAUUGGAAAAAGGAAUGAGGCUAGUAGCUGAGGAGUGCAUAGGACCUUUGGACGUGAAAUGCAAGACAACCGAAAAGGCAUUACCUCGAGAGGACAUCGAGCAACAAUUUGGAAGAACAAUGAAAGAAGCAGCAAAAAACCUUAAUGUUUCCUUGUCAACAUUGAAACGCAAGUGUAGGGUGCAUGGCAUUUCUGAAUGGAAAGGACCAAGCUUUGGAAACAGGAAAAUAAAUUACUCGUAUCAGAAUCGAAGUGACAUGAAUGAAGAAGAUAAUGGAGCAAUUCAAGGCCCCUGGGGUAUCGAUGGAGAUACUGUGAUUAUAAAAGCAGAAUAUGAAGAUGAUGUGAUCAAGUUCCAUUUGCCUAUCUCAUUAACAACAUUCGAAGCUGUUGAGAAGGAAAUUGGCAAGAGGUUCAAGUUGAAAGUUACUACUUAUAAACUCAAGUACCAAGAUGAAGAUAAAGAAUGGAUAUUAAUGACUUCUGAUCAGGACUUGAGUGAUUGUAUCAAUAUUUCAAGAAGUGUAAAUGACACUCGAAUUAAGUUGCGUGUGCUACGAUAUAUAUCAAAUAUCUGAUUUGAAUCAUAUCAAUAAAGUUUUAAUGGGUGUGCCAUUCCAAAUUCUAUAGAUUGCAUAUCUAGAAGAAGAAGAAGAAGAAGAAGAAGAAGAAGAAGAAGAAGAAGAAGAAGAAGAAGAAGAAGAAGAAGAAGAAGAAGACA